AUGGUUUUUGCAAAUGGUUCGCUUGAGCAAGAGAAAUGUGACCCAUUUGCUGGUGCUAAUCGUUUUCCAUUAAUUACUAUCGACGUAUAUACAUAGUCUGUAAUAUUAUUUCCGACUUUUCUCCACUUUAUCGACCACUGUGAAGCGAGCGAAGGCGGAAGAGGACGGUGGUGAUAAGAGGACGGUCGGUGCAUCCGGUAUCGUUAAGGGACAAAUGGAUGGGACCGGGUCAACGGUAGUCAUCUAUAAAACCGAAACCGGCGAACGUUUGGUGCUGAAGGACAUACCCGUACCGUUGGCAGUGGCCAAGAGUGGUCGGCUGCAUCCUACCAAUCCUUCGCCAGCACAGCACGGCAGCGCUGCCGCUGGAAGGGUAAUGAUAAUUGAUGAGCAACCAUCGGUUGGUGCAAGUUUCGGGACCGUGUCCAAUAAUACGGUCGAUUGUAACACGUCCGUAACCACCACACCGGCGGGUGCCGAAACAACGGUGAACACGUGGGCAAAAAUAUUGCUCCAGCCGCCGGUGCCUGGUGAAGGAUCAUCUAACGAUAUGGUUGUACCGAUGCAAAAAUCCAAUGUCUCGUCGGUUGGAAAAUCAACAGCUACACACAAUUAUCAUCUACGGUUUCAAGUGAAGAUGCCGGCGCCAAGCAGCAAACCUGUAUAGCGUUGCAAAAUUGUGAUUUUAUUGUGAUGGUUAUAUUUUUAUACAUAUUUCAUAUGAUUUGAGAAGUGUUUAAGGUUUGUUAAGCAAUGUUG